AUGCAGAUGCGAAGCAAGUGGAUCGCAAAAUCGCAAAAUGUUGGCGAAAUAAGUUCGCGAGCGUCUCGAACGUAACCGGUUACCAAAGAAAACAAAAUAUUUUCCCGCGAUCCAAUUGCAAUUUCGCAGCGCGGUGCUAGAAAAUCCCUGAAAACAAAGCGGCGGAGUGUUUGGGGAAAAUGGCGCAACCGCCGCCAGAUCAAAACUUUUACCACCAUCCGCUGCCACACACGCACACACAUCCCCACUCUCAUCCGCAUCCGCAUCCGCACCCACAUCAUCAGCAUCCGCAGCUCCAGCUGCCGCCACAAUUCCGGAAUCCCUUCGAUCUGCUUUUUGAUGAACGAACGGGUGCCAUAAACUACAAUUACAUACGUCCGUAUCUGCCGAACCAGAUGCCCAAGCCAGAUAUGUAUCCCCCAGAGGAGUUGCCUGACUCUCUGGUGAUGCGACGACCCCGUCGCACUCGCACCACCUUUACCAGCUCCCAGAUCGCAGAGCUGGAGCAGCACUUUCUGCAGGGACGAUACCUCACGGCUCCCAGAUUGGCGGAUCUUUCAGCUAAACUGGCUCUGGGCACUGCCCAGGUGAAGAUCUGGUUCAAGAAUCGUCGGCGUCGUCACAAAAUCCAAUCAGAUCAGCACAAGGAUCAGUCGUACGAGGGAAUGCCUCUCUCGCCGGGUCUAAAACAGAGCGAUGGCGAUCCCCCCAGCUUACAGACCCUGAGCUUGGGUGGAGGAGCCACGCCGAAUGCCUUGACCCCAUCGCCCACGCCCUCGACGCCAACCGCCCACAUGGUAGAGCACUAUGGCGAGUCCUUCAACGCCUACUACAACUACAAUGGAGGCAACAGUCACGGCCAGGCCAAUCGCCAUGUGCAAGCACAGUAUCCUGCGGGGGGAGUACCAGGAUCCGCCAAUGGUGGCCAGUUCUUCCAGCAACAGCAGGUUCAUCAUCAUCAGCAGCAGCUGCACCACCAGAGUAAUCAUAUGACGCUCCAGAUGCAGCAGCAGCAGCAGCAGGCUCCGCAACAGCAGUAUCAUCACUUUGACUUCCAGCAGAAGCCAGCCAGCGCCUGCCGCAUCCUGGUCAAGGACGAACCGGAGGCUGACUACAACUUCAACAGCUCUUACUACAUGCGAUCGGCAAUGUCUGGCGCCACUGCAUCCGCCGUGCCACGCGGCGCUGCCUCGCCGGGCUCCGAGGUCUACGAGCCAUUAACACCCAAGAAUGACGAGAGUCCCAGUCUGUGCGGCAUCGGCAUUGGCGGACCCUGCGCCACCGCCGUUGGCGAGACGGAGGCGGCCGACGACAUGGACGACGGAACGAUCAAGAAGACGACGCUACAGAUCUUGGAGCCAUUGAAGGGUCUGGACAAGAGCUGCGACGAUGGCAGCAGUGACGACAUGAGCACUGGACUAAGAGCUUUGGCUGGCAAUGGAAAUCGGGGUACAGCCUUUGCCAAGUUCGGCAAACUUUCGCCCCCACAGGGCCCUCAGCCGCCCCUCGGAAUGGGAGUGGCCAUGGCCGAAUCGAACCAAUAUCAAUGCACGAUGGAUACGAUAAUGCAAGCGUAUAAUCCCCAUCGUAACGCCGCAGGCAACUCGCAGUUCGCCUACUGCUUCAAUUAGCCUGGACAAGCGGCGUCCCACAGCGUUUUAUUAGCUUUAGGUUAACCACUGUUGUUCCUGAUUGUACAAAUACCAAGUGAUUGUAGAUAUCUACGCGUAGUAAGUUAGGCCUACUCUUAAGAACCAUGUAAAUUGUUUUUAGCCAAGUUUAAUGUACUAGCCUAGUCAGCAGGCAAAUCGGAUUUCAGUGCCUUCUGUAGUGAUACCCUAUUAAAGUCAAAACUUUCCCGGCAAUACGCUCUUCGCCUUGGUUGCUUCUGGAGAAGGAGUUCCCCUAAAGCCCAGGAACUUCCCUCUAGAGCAGCUUAAGGCCUUUUGGGCUUGAACGUAUUCCAGGGAAAGUUACUAUCCUAUUUUUAAAUUCCGAGCCAGCAAUUAAGUCUUUACUGAACAAAUUUGGCAUAGCUAAAAACUGUACUAAUCGAAAAGCAAAAUGUUUCUCUUGGCGGUAAUCAAGUCAACGAUUACCUCUUAAAGAUUGGACAUUUAAACAAUAAUAUUCGAUAAGAUAUUUUCAAUUUCUAUGCUAUGCCAAAGAGUCUGGCAUAUCAAACAUUUGCACAUUCUUUUUCAAAGAAUCGUCAGCAAAUCGUUGUAUCAACUAAUGCAGACCAUUUGUUUAGUUACAAAGAUUUAUUUCCUGCCUACGGAAUACUUAACUUUCCCAUUUUUUAUUCUUAUCACUAUAAAGUGCAUUGAAAUUUGUUAAGCCUCGAGAUUACUUUUAGAACGGUGCACCUUCGAUGUUGUCGCUUUAAGUUUUAUCAUUAUGGGAAAAUAUAAGCACUACUCUAAUAGAGUAAGCUGUGACUAACUA